GAGGAAACGUUGAAAGUGCAUAGAUCAAUAAAGCCACAAGAAGUGAGGAUGAGGCUUCCGAUUCAUGCCACACAUCUAGCUCAGCUAACCGGCAGCUUCCAUUAAACUUCUUUUGGACCAUCGCGGUUUCGAGGACAGGGAAGACCUGGAAAGGCUUUUCUUAACUCGAAUCUUUCGGAAAGCUCGCUGGCGUUUCCUGGCCUGUCGUUGAUGCGUGGCCCCGCCCGUCGUCUCAUCCUCCCCUCUCUGGCCUUCUGCAAGUAAGGUUGAGCAUUUGAGGUUCCUUCAAUCACCUCUCAGUUCUCCCUUCUGCACAGUAUCAUACUAUACUUUGCGAUAGCAAUAGCAAUACGGUACAUACACACACUACUUCUCAAUUACAUCCUGCUCACCUCUCCGUCCUCCUAUCUAUCUUUCCCCCAUCGUCUACUUCUCUGGCCUCACCAUUUCUGACAUCUCCUCUUCCUUUCCCUUUUUUCUCUCUCUCCUCCCCGUUCUGCUUCCUUCUAUCCCCCUCAACUUCCUUUGUUAAAUCGCCGUUAAUAACAGGCACCAGGACCCCCUUAAGGUCCAACUUAACGAAUUUACGACCACAAUUAAAUUUGCUCGUCAUACUUCUUCCCCUGUCGUCUGCCUUGCUUUUCACCAACCAGAACCUCUCAUCACGAAAUACAUCGUUCAAACACUUACACAUUGCGUUUUCUGUACAUCUUUUUUGCCCACGAAUUAAGGACGUCCAACCAUCAUCACCGUAACUGAUACCCUCUUAUUUCAACGACAGAAGCUUUUCUCAUUGUCUUUCGCAAUAUCACAUAUUCUGCCCCCCCGCCCCCUUCGAUAUAACCUUGGCAAAUCAACAUGAACUCCGGAUCCCCAACCGUCAAUUUACCAAAUGAUGGCCAAUCUUCGAAUGGUGGCCCGAUUCAAGCUCCUCGAGUUGUACCUUUAACUUGCCAUGGUCACUCUCGGCCUGUCACCCAUCUUUCCUUUUCGCCCAUGCUGGCAGACGAUGAAUACUAUUUAAUAUCCGCUUGCAAAGAUAAUAAUCCAAUGCUUCGGGAUGGUAUUACAGGUGAUUGGAUUGGGACUUUUUUGGGCCAUAAAGGUGCCGUGUGGCAGGCGAGACUUUCCAAUGAUGCAGCCUUAGCGGCUACCGCUUCUGCCGAUUUCUCUGCGAAAAUCUGGGACACCUUUACCGGCGAAUGUUUGCAAACCCUCCAACACAACCAUAUAGUUCGCGCGGCUACCUUCUCGCCAAACCCUACACAUGUUGCAACCGGUGGUCAGGAGAAAAGGUUACGGGUGUACGAUUUGGCACAUUCGGAAACGCCAAUGGAAAUUGGUGCUCAGACUCAUACAGGAACUAUUAAGUCUAUCGUCUGGUCGGACCCCAACACCAUCCUCUCAGCAUCAGAUGACCGAAAACUGCGUUGGUGGGAUAAUAGAUCUGGAGAGCUUGUGACAAAGUUCGAUGUCGAUGAGCUCAUUGGAUCUUGUGAAUUGAGUCCUGAAGGAAACUUGAUCAGCGCAACGGCUGGAAAGACAGUGUAUUUCUUUAAUGCGCAGAGCAGGCAGUUGAUCAAGAGCAUCUCAACAGCAUACGAAGUAUCUUCUGUAGCACUUCAUCAACAAACUAGGCGCUUUAUAACAGGUGGAAGCUCAGAUACUUGGGUCAGGGUUUACGACUAUGAUACUGAGACUGAGCUCGAGGUUUACAAGGGCCAUCAUGGAAGUAUAUGGAGUGUCAGCUUUUCCCCGGAUGGAAGGCUCUACGCAACAGGUUCUGAAGACGGUACAAUAAAAUUGUGGAAAUACACCAACCAACCGUAUGGCUUGUGGAAAUGAGCGCUCUGGUGUGAAAGGUGUGUGAGUCGAGCAAGGUGUAGAUUUCUUGCUGGCGACUGCAAUUGCAUACUGUAUUUCGGCUCCGCACCGAUGCCUCUGAUAUUAGCCCCGGGUGGAAUUAUCACAUUAUGUGUUUCCUUAUCUCCCCUACGGAGUAAGAAAAAACCGUUUGUCCAAAA